AUGCACCGACUCCCGACGUUGGCACUGGCGGUGGCUCAUCCACCGCUACGCUUCAAGGACAAGCAGGUGCAGAGGAGGCCAAAAAGCAAGACAAGCCAGCAGAGCAAGAGCAAGCCAAGCCAGCAGAGCAAUCGCAGGCGCACGAGGCGCACAAAGAAGAACAGCACCACGAGGAGCACAAGGAAGAACACAAGGAGCACGAAGAAGCGCACAAGGAUGCUCAUUCGAACGACUCGAAGCAAUCUGAAGCAGCGAAAGGCAAAGCGGCUUCAGGUGGUGAAAAGCCGUUCGCGGAAACGUCUACCAAGACGGGGCAAUCGUCACAAGCCGAUGCCAAGAGCCACCCUAGCGAUGCGAAAGCGCACGGCGGUCAAUCUGCUUCUGCAGAAUCGGCCUCGGCUACCGAAGGACAAGCCGCAGCGGGCUUCCACUGA